UUCUGCAUUUCAUGCGGCUUCGGUCAGGUCAGGUUCGGGGAGACAUGCAACAAGAGAGCGCAUGCUUGGAAUGACACUUGCAUUUUGACAUUGUUUCUCGUUUGUUAAAAAAUUUAGCGUGUUAGUUGAGACAUUAAGACUAUCGGAUUCGUAAAAUUGGGGAUUAAAAAUGCCUUCGGAAGCCGUUGCAAUGCUGGUAGACAUGGGCUUCAGUCUCCCAAAAGUGGAAAAAGCACUUCAAGUUACGGGGAACAAAGGUGUCGAGCCGGCAAUGGAAUGGCUGCUAGCUCAUUCCAAUGAUGUUGAGCCAGAAAUUGAACCACCAGCUGCUGAAAGAGCUCCAGAAACCGCAGCCAAAACACCUGACGAGAAUAGCGAAGCCAGCGCUAGUAAUAAAGAUCCUUCUUCCAGUGAAAAUGCGAAAUCGCUCAAAUGCGACGUUUGUCAAAAGUUAUUCAAGUCUACUCUCGAGGUCGAAUACCAUGCCACCAAGUCCGGCCACGACAGCUUUUCUGAAAGUCUUGAGGAAAAGAAACCCCUCACUGAAGAAGAAAAGAAAGAAAAGCUCAAAUUUCUUGAAGAGAAAUUGAAACUCAAGAGAAAAGAGAGAGAGGAACAGGAGAAACGAGAAGCAGUGGAAAGAGAGAAAAAUAGAAUACGAUCUGGAAAGGAAAUGGCAGAGGCUAAAAGAAAAUUCGUAGAAUCAGAAAUGCAGAGGAUGGUAGCACAAAGAAAACGAGAGAAAGAGGAGGAAAAAUUGGCUCGGCAAAAGGUGCGAGCUCAAAUCGAGGCUGACAAAGCUGCGAGGAAAGCCAAAGCAGCUGAAAGUGGUCAACCAACUACUCCGGUAACUCCCAUGCCAGCCGCUCCUGAGGCUGUUGUUUCACCACCAAAACAGGAUUACAAAGAAACUAAACUUCAGAUCCGUCUAACAAAUGGUCGAACAUUGGUCCAAAGUUUUGGAUGUAAGGAGCAAUUAUCGGCGGUGAGAUUAUUCAUAGAGAUGAAUAGGACCGAUGCCCCAGGGAAUUUCAAUCUAAUGACGAGUUUUCCAAGAAAGGUUUUCGCAGAGGAAGAUUACGAAGCACCGUUGGAUGUGUUGGGCCUAGUGCCUUCGGCCGUCGUAAUCGUCCAGAAAAAGACGGAAUGAUUCGACGAGUCAAGACUGUGCAGCGCAUGCUCGAUAAGUGAGAAUAUCGUUACGCACAACUUUUAUAUAUAUAAUAAUAAAUAAAUAUAUCUAUGUUUAAGAAAUAGACUUAAAAUAAGAAACAAGAGACUCAUCCUCAUUCUCAGUUUGUCAUACGUUGUAUAUCAUUCUCAUGUUCCGCCCGUUCGCUCGAUUGAACAUAUGGUUUUAUUAAUAAAGAAAAAAAAACAGAUACGGAGAAAAA